AUGGAAUCAAGGAAGGAGAUUCUGCUGCUGAUGGAGCGAGGUCAGACUGGCAAUCCAGUUGGCAGGAGAUUGCCGAAUUUGUCAGAAGCAGCUGGAAGCCCAAUAAACGAGUCCCCUGAAAACGUGGUCCACAGGAGUUGCUUGAGCCCCGGGUCGGCCCCUAUGACACUGGAGAGCGGAGACGAGGAGAUCGAUGCCAGAACCGACGUUAACACUCAGAUGAGAACGGGUUCAAGACUCCCCGUCCCGGACAAGUCAUCAUCGGACGGCUGCCCGGCAAAAUGUAAAUCGCUUUCAGUCCAAAACAGUCCGGAAACAGAGUCUGAUUAUUAUGACGAGAUAGAUGUCAGUUGCACCCCAAACCGUACGCCGGGAAAUCAGGGAAACCAGGCAAACAAAGGACACUCUUCCGAUCCAAUGGACAGUAACGGUGGGGCAGAACUUCCCAAAGUAUCCGGCUCUCAAAGCCUGAUAAGCGGCGGCGGGGCCGAUCAGAUGCGCCGCUAUCGAACUGCUUUCACCAGAGAGCAGAUCGCCAGGCUAGAGAAGGAGUUCUACCGAGAGAAUUACGUUUCCAGACCCAGGAGAUGCGAAUUAGCGGCGGCUUUAAAUCUGCCUGAAACCACUAUCAAGGUGUGGUUCCAAAAUCGCAGAAUGAAGGACAAGAGACAGCGUUUGGCGAUGACCUGGCCUCAUCCCGCCGAUCCUACUUUUUACACUUACAUGAUGAGCCACGCAGCGGCAGCAGGCAAUUUGCCCUACCCUUUUCCAUCACACGUACCUCUCCACUACUACCCUCAUAUGGGCAUGUCUGCAGCAUCAGCCUCAGCGACCAGUCCCUUCAGCGCUCCUCUGAGACCCCUGGACACCUUCAGAGUUCUUUCCCACCCUUAUCCUCGGCCGGAGUUGCUGUGUGCGUUCAGACACCCUUCUCUAUAUCCUUCUGCCAACAACCAUGGACUUGGCAGCGCCGGGAGUAGCCCUUGCUCAUGCCUAAGCUGCCAUAGCAGCCAGUCGAACGGGGUGCCACCAAGACCGGCAGGAACCGACUUCACGUGUGCAUCAACCUCCAGAACUGACACAUUCCUCACCUUCACACCUUCUGUGCUGAGCAAGGCUGCUGCAGUGUCCCUAGACCAGAGGGAAGAGGUUCCUUUAACGAGAUAA